UGCAUAGUUGAACUGAAAUGUCUGCUUCGUUUGAAGUCGUUAAUGGUGAAAUGUUUCUAGUUUAUUUUCGAGCCUCAUAAUUGUUAACAUCGGACCUUGAAAAAUGUCGGAACUGUAAUUAAUGAUUUUUCCGUUCUCUCCGUUUCAAGGUCUAAAAAAUCCUCUUACUUUGAUGAGCUACGUGACCCCGAUUAUGGCGAUUGCAACUGCUCUGCUUUCUCUGGUGCUCGAUCCAUGGCCCGAUUUCACAAGGACCGAUUACUUUAACAGCUCCUGGAAUAUUGCCAGAAGUUUUUCACUCAUGUUUUUUGGUGGAACUCUUGCUUUCUUCAUGGUACUAACCGAAUAUAUUCUCGUGUCGGUGACUAGUGCGAUGACAAUAACAAUAGCCGGCGUUGUGAAGGAAGCUGUCACAAUUUUGGUCGCUGUAUUUUAUUUCCAUGACGAGUUCACAUGGCUGAAAGGCGCUGGCCUUGCAACAAUUAUGCUUGGUGUCAGCUUAUUUAAUUGGUACAAGUACCAGAAAUUGCAAAAGAGCAAGACAGUUGUUGUGUCGCCGACAAAGUAUCUUAUCCAAGACGAGUUUGACGAUGAAGAAGAAAACAGCCCUAUAAGAGUGCAGUGA